AUGGUGGCCCGCGGUCCGUGCACUACCGCCUCUUUGCUUCCCUCGUGCUCCUUCCGGUCGCUCGUGCUCACGGCCGUGUCCAAUGGGGAGACACGAGCCCGUGCUGAUGGGGGGGACCGAGGUUCACAUGCGACAGGAAUCGUCACCACCUCCAAGUUCCCCUCCUCGGCCGCCUUUGACGCCAUCAACUCGGCCCUCAGCAGCGAGGCCGACCGCAAGGACGCCAUCAAGCAGGGCAACGCCGUCUUCGCCUUCACCCUCAAGAACUCGGCCGGCGAGACGGACAGCUGGCACAUUGACCUCAAGGAGACGGGCACCGUGCAAAAGGGCCUGCCCUCCAAGCCCACCGUCACGCUGUCCCUGUCCGACGCCGACUUUGCCUCGCUCGUCGCCGGCAAGGCCAACGCCCAGAAGCUCUGA